GGGCGGGGCUGCCAUGGAAGAGAGCCAGGCGGGGAAGGGCAUCCUCCUCCCUUCCUUCUCCGGAGCGCGCAGCCCAGAGUGAAGAAGAAGAAGAAGAAGAAACAGAAGAAGGGGCAUAACGGCGUCGGCGCCUGCGGAGCCUGGGCGCGGGUUCCCCGGGAGAGCGAGCGAGCGAGCGAGCGGAGGGUCUUCUCCUUCUUCCUCCCUGCGGAAUGGCGCCCUCCCUGGGCUGAGGAGGAGAGCCCCGGAGGGAGGGAGGCAGCUCAGCGCCCCGCCAUGACCAUGAAGGAGGCCGGCAGCGACGCCAGGGACCCCCAGCAGCAGCACCUGCAGCAGCAGCAGCAGCUGACGGUGGCACUUCGCAUACGACCGAUCAGCAUGGCAGAACUGGAAGAAGGGGCCACGCUCAUAGCCCACAAAGUGGAUGACCAGAUGGUUGUCCUGAUGGACCCACUGGAAGAUCCUGAUGAUGUCCUCCGUGCUAACCGCUCACGAGAAAAAUCCUAUAUGUUUGAUGUAGCCUUUGAUUUUGCAGCUACCCAGGACAUAGUCUACCAAGCUACCACAAAAGGCCUCAUUAAAGGCGUCAUCUCUGGCUACAAUGCUACCAUUUUUGCCUAUGGCCCCACUGGCUGUGGAAAGACCUAUACCAUGCUUGGCACAGACAGUGAACCUGGUAUUUAUGUACGCACACUCAAUGACCUUUUCUAUGCUAUUGAGGAAACAAGCAACGACAUGGAGUAUGAAGUGUCUAUGUCCUACUUAGAGAUUUACAAUGAGAUGAUCCGGGACCUGCUUAACCCAUCCUUGGGGUACUUGGACCUACGUGAAGAUUCCAAAGGUGUAAUCCAAGUGGCCGGAAUCACUGAAGUGUCCACUAUCAAUGCUAAGGAGAUAAUGCAGCUGCUAAUGAAAGGCAAUAAGCAACGGACACAGGAGCCUACAGCUGCCAACCGGACAUCCUCACGUUCCCAUGCUGUACUGCAGGUCACUGUACGCCAGAAGAGCCGCAUCAAGAAUAUUAUGCAGGAAGUGCGUGUUGGCAGACUUUUCAUGAUUGACUUAGCUGGCUCAGAGCGGGCAUCUCAGACACAGAACCGUGGGCAGCGAAUGAAGGAGGGAGCUCACAUCAAUCGCUCCCUGCUGGCUCUUGGCAACUGCAUCAAUGCACUCAGUGACAGGGCAGGCGUCAAAUAUGUCAAUUACCGGGACAGCAAGCUCACACGCCUUCUAAAGGAUUCACUGGGGGGGAACAGCCGGACAGUGAUGAUUGCUCACAUCAGCCCUGCCAGCAGUGCCUUUGAAGAGUCGCGCAGCACCCUGACCUACGCUGAGCGUGCCAAGAGUAUCCGCACCACGGUAAAGCGCAAUCUUCUUAACGUCUCUUACCACAUUGCGCAGUACACAAGUAUAAUUGCUGAUCUGCGGAAUGAGAUUCACCGACUCCAACGCAAGAUUGAACAACGAGAGCCACGGCCCGCACGGACUGACAUCCGCAGUAUUCAAGCUGAAGUUCAGCUCCAUGGAAACCCCUUUGAGAAACAGGAGAUGAACCAGCUGCGAGAACAGCUCAUCAGCACCUUCAGAGAGCAGAUGGAUGUACGCCGCCACCUUAUGGAGCUGGAGAAUAAUUACAUGGAGACCCAGAUCGAGAGUUCACGCCAUCUACUUAUCAUUGCUGACUGGGAGCAGGAGAAGGCCCGUCGGGCUCAGAAAUGGCGAGAGGAACAGAGGAAAGAGAGCUAUACCAAAGAGGAAAGCGAGAAGGACUCUGACACUGGUGAUGACCUAUCAGAUGUACCAGAGCCACAGGAAGUGACAUUAGCUCGAGAGCACAUCACCACUCUCCUGGGAGAGCAGGAUAAACUACAUAAGCAGAAGGCAGAGCUAGAGAAGCGGUUCUGGGAAGUUCGGCAGCGUGGUCACCGACUGGAAGAAGCCUUGCCAUGGCGCAUUAGCUCAGAGGAACAACGGGAGGUUCUGAGCCUCCUGUGUAAAGUCCAUGAGCUGGAGGUGGAGAACACAGCCAUUCAGUCCGGUUCCCUGCUCAAGGACAACGUCAUCCGCCACCAAGAACGAACUGUGCGCCGCUUUGAACGCCAUCACGGCCUUUGCCAUCGCAUCAUCCAUGAACAGCGAAAGAUAAUUCGUGAGUCUCAGCUGUUGGUGCCAUCCCACCUUGAAGAACUGUAUCAAGCUUACCUGCAAGACUUGGAAGAAGGUGGCUUAGAGCAGGUCACUGCUCUAGACAAUGUAGCUGCUAGGGCUCUCAAGGAUACAUCUGUGCCAAAGCUCCCCACGCUCCCAGCAGAAAGUAUCUUGGACUCUGACCAAGAGAGUGUAAGGACAUUGGGCUCUGAGAAUCAACAGCAACCAUGGCGAGAUUCUCGAAGGGGCACUCUCCCACCCCUUGUUCCAGAAAUGGAAAGUGAAGCAAAUCAAGUGUUCAAGACCAGUCCUCGGGCCCGGCAAAUCAAGAAUUCAGCAGUAGUGACACCACCUCCUAUCCAUAUCAAUGGCGUGAUAAGUCAAGAGUAUGCAGCCCGGGUGAGUCUAGUUAGCUUGGGUAGCCAGCGAAACUCCUCUCCUGACAGCAGCGAUCACUGUUCAGAUGUCAUCCCGAAACGUGGAGCAGAGCGCAAGGAAAUAGUGACUGGUACGAAGAGCAUUGCUGUGAAGGCUGCCCGGCGGCGCUCCCGAGUGCUGGAAUCGGACCGGCUCAACCUGCUGGAGCCAGCUAAGGAGCACAGUAGCCUGUCCCUCCACUCUCUGAGCGAGAGUGAGGGCCCUUUGAGUCGUGAGACCCCAGCCCUUGGUCAGCCACCUAGCCCCAGCCUGCAACAUGCCAUCAGCGAGGACAACUUGUCAACCAGCACCGGUGAGACUGUACCAAAAAGGAAUAUUCCAAGGCGCUCCCCUAGACCCUGGCUUCGGGUUAGCAAAAAGGGAAGCAAGAAGCUUGAGAAGAGAGAGGAAUCACUGGAGGCCAAGAGGAGAAAGCGGAGGUCACGAUCCUUUGAGGUCACUGGCCACAGGCUCCCAUGUCCAAAAAACAAUGCUGUCUGCCGGCAUCCACUAGAAAGCAGUUCUGAGCAUAAGAUUAUGGCAGCAGGAGGGAUGCACAACAUGCAAAGCAUUGGAAAAGCUGCAGGACAGUUUUCUAGAGUGAAGCUUCUGCCGGCACAACCAUUCACAGGCCCCACUGAGGCCUCCUUUCUCUCUGUUGUCUCCAGCCAAGCUGGUAUAACCAAGAAAACCUCCCAGCUCAGCCAGCGCCCACUACGCCUGAAUUGUGUUGCAGUGCAUGGUACCAAUCCACAUGGCAAGGAUGGUGUGACUCAGCAAUGCUGAAGACAGAGGACAUUCAGAGGCAGGCUGAGAAGCUCCAUUUGCUGCCCAGUCAGGAGGCAAAGUAGCCAGAGGCACUGUGGGAAGAUAACUUACUGCAGAAAUGGCUGCCAUAACUCAAGGAAAGCUCCCAAAGGAUUAUCUGGUUGGUUUGUAUGUAUUCCUGUCUUGCUACAGAAAUCCUGUCAACCAUGGGACUGGAUCCUACUCCAGACUGAAAUAGGUAAUUCUCUGGAUGGGCAUAAAUAAAUACAAUACCAACAGCAUCUGGUGCUAUAACCUGGGUGGAAUUGAAGGACCCCUUGUACUGAAGGGAGAAGUAUCUAUUUUCAGUGGAAGCACCUUGCAGAGUCUGCAUUACACCUUUCUUAGACAAGAACAGAGUGUCACAGCAUUUGUGUGGACCCCUGCUUUGAGAUAAGUCACCAGGUGUGCUGUGUGGUUGCAAUAUUUUUGUCUCGCUCUAAGGAGUGAAAUACAUUUCAAGUAAAUGUGAAUUUUUUCAACUGACAUCUGUCCAGAACAUCCCUUAGAGCAGAAAGAAGUAACAGCUGAAGGCACACAGUUUCAGCUCAUGAUAAUGGGAAUAGUGAAAGCAAUUUUAUACCCCCAGUCUGGUUGUCCCUCUUCUAUGGGGAUGUGGGGGGUCACAAAGGGGCUCCUUGCUAACCAGUCUUACUUAAACAAAAAGAUUGUACAGUUCUUUGAGGUGGCAUAGAGGUUCUGAUGAGCCUGCCAGUAUGUUGGUUGCCAUAAAGUUUCCUUCAAAAGUAAGUCAUCAGAAGUGCUAGCAAAUGGCUCUAAAUAGUAUGUGUGGUGGAGGUUUGUAUAUCUGCUGAGUUAAUAUAUUCUGAAAAUCCUGUUUGACCGCCUGUAUUCUUUUCUGCUUACCCUAAGUUGCAGUGUCUGCAUUCCUGCCAGAUGCUUGAUGCUCCAGAUCUAGCUAUCUAAGGUCACUCUGGGUGGGCUUAAAGUAGGACUACACGGGCUUUUAUACAUUAGUAGACUCCCAACCAUUCAAAUAGCUAUUUCCAGCAUAUCACUCAUUCUCUUCCUACCCAUUUUGACCACCAUAGUUUCACACACUAGAUCCUGCUACCUAUGUCAUCGCUCCCUUCUAAAGACGUUUAUUAAUCUUUUCUUUCUAUUCCUUCUAAUUGGGCCUCUUCCAUUCCCUCUUUCAUGUAACUAUUGCUAUACAUAAAAGAGAAAUAUGAAAUGAAGAAGAGGCAGCCAUUUAUGUCCUGUACUUGAGGAUAAUUUGACAGAUUUGGGGACACCUUACCCUCUCAAAUUACUCAUAUUGUAGAACUGUUAUUCUUAACAAACAAUGUAGCUGCCCUAGAAUCACCUCCGCCUACUUGUUUCUUUUCCAAAAGGUGUUAAAUUACUUUUCAUUUCUGAAGCAGGAUUUUUCACACCAGUAUUUCAGGAGUGCAAUAAAGGCAAAAUAUUUUUAACUUGCCAAACUUGAGGAUAAACUGAAAUUAGACUUGUAAACUUUAAUUAUCCACUCUCUUUGGACUUAUUAUGGUCUUAGACUUGGGUUACAUAGAAUACCAGCACCUGACAUCCCACAGAUAAAUAUGUGCCAUGGCCUGUGUUCACAUAGCACUGUACACAGUCCAUGUUUUAUGAUACUAUGCUGGCAUAUCUACGGUGUAUGUCCUACACUAGCCACCUAAGGAUGCUUUAGAAAUCUUUAGCCCAAUGUUCAUCCCAUAUACUUAUCUUCUUGUCAGGGCUGUAUUAAACAUAUACUGUAUUAUACAUAUACAGGACUGUGUUAUACAUAUACAACUUAUUUCAGAAAAAGUGCAAAAUAAAGGCAAAUAGCAUUUUUAUGACUAGCACACAUGCAGAGUUCUUGGCAACCUUUUCCCACAUACUGUACAUAUUUCAUGUAUACUAAUUUAGUAAUACAACAGCUCCUUCUCUUAAUACCAAACUGGGUAAGAUGAAGGGUAAUGUACUUUUGUUUUAAAUUGCAAAUGCAAGUGAAGACAGAGAAGGAGUUUGCUUCUGGCUGCAGGAGGGGAUGCAAAUAUUUCCCCACAUACCCUCAGUGCCAUUUUUCCAGUUGCAAUGACAUGGUGAUUGCUCCUGUGUACCCUGUAGGCCAAAAUCCAAGGAUCAACCCAAAAGGAUACUUGUGGUGCCAUGGGAAGGGAUUGAUGCCCACUUUCCCCAGCACUUUCGUUCUAAUCUGCUUCCUUCCCCACCUGUGGCUCCAUGCUUCAUUUUUUUGUUAUGUAAAACGAAAAAGUGGGCCAGCCAGUCCUGGCCUGUAGUGCCAUGAUUAGGCAAAUAAUAUUACUGGGGGGGGGGGGGCGCUACUGCUGAGAGAAUAACAACUUGCUUAGCAAAUUUAUGGCACAGUUGAGAUCUGAAAUCAGGCUUCCAUACUAUGCUCUUUUCCACUGUGUGAAUUUCGUCUUGAGUCAUCUUGAUGCCCGCUAGGCUCCCAGCUAUACAUAUCUUGUGAGCAAAAGUUGCCAUGAUUAAUCACAUGCCACAUGUUAGUGAUGCUGUUCACAUUUAUUAGGUACUGUUGUAAUGUGUGAGCUGAUCUUUAAAAUGAGCCUGGCCAUCAGUUACAUAAUAUGGAGAUGGUUCAAGUGGUUGCCAUUAGCAUACAGGUACCCGUGGCUUGUGGGAGCAAAUACUGCUAACAGCAAUGCACUGGUAUGAUCAAAGCAUUUGGUAGCGAUAUUUCUAAACAGUAUAUACACAUAAUUUGGACCAUGGUUGGUGAAAAGGUUCUUGUUUCAAAUGCAUGGUUAGGAUGCUGGGGAAUUUUAUUUUGCAGUUGGGAUUGCUUGUACAACUAGUGGAAAGUGUUUCAGGCUACUGUUAUGUAGAAAGGAGCAUGUGUAUAUGUACAAAGGUUUGCCCAAGUAACUAUCUUUGGCUGGUUGGUGGCCCUUCCAGACAGGUACCCCACUUUUAAAAGCUGUAUCUAUCUAAUGUGUUGAAACUACAGGAAAUACUAGUAACUGAAUGUUCUACCUCUAUCUCUCUUGUAAGGUUAGGGAAGCUUCACAGCUGAGAUCUCAUGCUGUCACAAUUUUAACUAAUAUCUGUUAAUAUUCCUAUUUACUUUCAGCAUAUAUAGCUCUUUGUUUAUCCAUGUAAUAUUCCCCUUAAUAAUUAUCCAUCUGUACUGCUGACUUCUACAAGCCCAUUUUCAUUAAAUUACAAAUGUUUCCUCUGGUACAGCAUAAACUUAUUGCAGUUUAACUAUGACACUCUCUCACACCACCACUAGAAGCAAUAAACAGUAGCUUUUGAAUCAAUGCAUUACAUUUUGCUCACAGUGCAUGCAGGAUGCAGUUAUUCCCCACUCCUAGAACUUUUUGUGGCCUGAUAAAAUUUUUCAAGAGAAUUUUCUUUUACAAAACAUGUAACAUACCAAACCAGUGGUGCAAACUUGAAGCAUUAAAGUGAAUAAAUGGAAGACAAAAGCAUUAUAUGAGGAAAGAGGAAAUUCUGAAAAAAGAAGAGCAGGAUGUUAUAGGAGGAGUUAAAGCUAGGACAGAAACAUUGAUAGGGCUGAUACGCAGAAGUGAAGCUUAAGCAAAAGACCAUGAAAUCUCCUGAGAGGUAUCCAAGAUGAGUACAUUGCAAGCAAAACUGGAAAGCCAUUAGUAUCUCAAAAUAACACCAUGCGAUACUGCAACAUGUUACCUGUUUUUUUAUUCAGAAAUCUGCAGGGAACAGCACAAACCCCAUAUUUCUACCUACCCCAUAGUCUGCAACCUAUGUAGUCAUUAUAACCUGCUCGUCCUCUCCUCCAGUUUCAACUGAGGUCACAACCACUGUUAUAGAGUCUGCUGGAUCCAUUCUUCUUUCCCAGUUAUUAUUGUGUUAUCCUUGAUAUUAAGAAUCUGUUCAUAUGUUGGGAGUCAUAGCUGGAACACAAAGAAAAUCUGCAAGGUUCUAGUGAUAAGAGACAGCCAUUACAAGAGGACAAUAUUUUUAGAGUGUUCAAGGUGAUCUAACAGCAUUAUGAUUGCUACAUCUGUUCACCUGACCAUCAUUCCUGAUAAAAAUGUUUCUGCAGAUUUUUUUUAAAAACAUUUUUAUUUAUUUAUUUGAUUGGUCUUUCAAAGUUGGCAGAAUCCACAUGGCCAUAUAGAACAGUGGAACUAAAAGAACUGGUUAUAGGCAUUCACCAAAGGCAGCAAUGUCAUUUUCAGCACUUAAGAACUAUUGCCUCUAGCUCAAAUUUGUGUAGGAAAAGUAAGAUUCCAUGAUAAAGAGAAGCUCUGUUCUAUUCACAUACAGCAAGUUCUUUCCCUUGAAGAUCCCUCCAGCUGUUAGAUAUGUACUAGAGGUGUCUUGAGAGAUCUGGAUGUAUCAACUAAUGAGAGAGACUAGAACUAAUGAACUUUAAUAUUAUCCUAAGGAACUUUUUCUACACAGUGCUCCUCCUUUGUCUACAUCUGUCAGCUUCCAAUAAUCCUAUGGGACUACAAUCCCAGGCAAGACAUGGAAUGCUUAGGGCAGAU